ACAGAGGGGAGGUGGCAAGCGGCAGCUACCGAGGGAGAGAUUAGCGUCUCAAGUAUCAAAGCGAUCGCGUCUUUUGGUGGCACGAAACCUGUAUGGUGGGGGAUCACUGGAUUGCGAGGAGAAGGAAGAUGGUAGUGAACCGGACAGCGCGAAGGAAUCUGAGACUGAACCGAGACAGAGGCAGAGAUAGAAGUGUCAGAACCACGAGCACGUACAAUACUAUUGCGGAAUGGCGAAAGGGAAGGACUCGUGUGACCGUGCGCAAGCGACAACCCGUCCAAUCGAUCUCCAGCGUACAGGCAGCGUCUGAAAGCAGCUGUGGAAUUUGUAGACGCGGAAAACUGUUGUCCUCCACCGGAAAUGGUGUGUACUCAGGGAUGCUCGAGAAUUCGAUCACGAAUGUGCGCGACGCAUCGCACGGAGGGUGGAAGUGCUAAGCCAUGCCAUAACGGGAUAUGCUUUGUGUGGCACGAAAUUGACAGUCACCUAGUGCGCUGUCAAAAUUCGCAGUGUGAGUUUAAGAACGGCGUUGGACUGCGCCAGACUCUACAUGAUAUCCAUCACCAUGAAGUUAAACUUCAAGCGUCAAAGAAGAAGCUGCUGGCGGCCAAGAAAGCUCUGCUCCAUGAUGUAGACUCUGACGAUGCCGCUCGAUGUCAACUCGAGAGUAAAAUCGCAAGAUUGGAGAACAUGUGUGCCAAACUUGAAGACGCUCUUCUCCUACAUAAGGACAGGGAGCGAGCUUUUAAGAACGACCUGAACGCCCUCAGCAAUCGAUUCCCUCACAAUGCGACAGGUGAAUUUCCAAGCUUCCAGAGCCAUUACGCGCGAGGAAGAUGCCAAGGUCGUAGUCCGGGCUGAAUGUUGAGUAACGUUACUAAGUGUUAUUGAUGUAUUGACUUGCUUCGACUUGACUAUCAAC